CAACUUAGAUAGCAAUUAUUAAUCCCAUAAAAAGUAUAUCAAAUUAAAGAUCUUUAUCAUCGUAUAUUAAUUAUGUGAUGAAUCCAUAAUCCUGAGCAUAUUUGGAAAAUUGCUGACGAGAAAAUGAUAAGUUAUAACUCAGAAUGUGGGAGCAAUCAGUCAGUUGGAUAACUAUUCGAAAUGAGAUAUAAGUUAGCACAUAAUAUCCAUUCCCUGCUACACGUGUAUCACGUUAAUUCUGACGCUUAUGUAAAUCAUACGACGUCGAAACAGUUUUUUGGAGUUAUUCGAAAUAUUUUAUUCGCUUAUUGGAUCUGAAGCUGACAUACACACUUUUAUUGCUGAAUCAUGGUAAUAAUUGUGUUGAUGUUAUGUCUCUUCGCAACUCCUGUUUACUUAGAAACGUUUCCGAUUAAAAAUGAAGAGGAAUUCCGAACGAAACGGCAACUAAACUCUUUACCCUUAAUUUAUCCUUAUGGAGCUACAUACAAGUUCAUCAUCGGCAUCAGCUGUCCCAUAGCGAACCGGGACAACAUCCAAGUGGCCUUCGCUGCCAACUUCCAGUACCAGUACCUACAUUUCACGAACAUCUCGCAGCUGUCCCAGUAUUACCCCAUCAAGACGGUGUCCCGGGAACAGAGGGACGCAGAUUGGCAGCAUAGGAGGGACGAGCGGAUCGUCUUCUAUAGGUCAUUGACUGAGAUGCUGAAUUCCAAAGGCAUGAAUGGAUACGAUUGCGUGCUGCGCGCGAUAUGCGAGGCGGCGCAAUAUCCGGUCGAUGAGGAGGGGCUGGUGGGGGAGAUAUUGCACAUCAUUUUAACUCCAGAUUACGGGCAUACGCCCUUCGAUGACGUGGACCCGCACUGGGAGGAGGCCAUAUCUGAGUACAAGGACGCCGCCAUUGCUGGGAGGCAGAUGUUCGACUGUGCCUCCAUCUACGAGGGAUGUCCAGAGGGCCAGGGAGUGAUGGAACUCAUAUCUGUGCUUAGAGAUGCGUGAAUAAAUUGUCAUGAUGUCACAAUGGGUUGAAGUUACAGAAGGACUUUUUUAAGCCAUUAUUUAAGCUGAAAAUGUUUGGUGUUAUUGACAACUGUUAGUUCCUGCUUAAGAGUUACUAUAUAAAAAACUAUUAAUAGAA